GAAUCUUGAUGGUAAAAGUUAACGAACCACAAAUAUCAACGACAUAAUUAACAAAAAAAAGAAACCUUUUUUAUCUCUCUCUCUCUCUCUCUCUCUCUCUCUCUCUCUCUCUCUUGCUGCAGAUGAUAAAAGAAUCAGCUUCUGAAUCAGAAACUCACUUCACACUUUCCCCAAAGCUAUGGGAUUCGAGAGCUCUUCAUCAGCUGCUAGCAACAUGAAACCUCUUGGCGGCGAUUCUAAACCUCAAAAAUCCAAUACCGCUCAGUACUCUGUCGACGCUGGUCUCUUUGCUGAUUUCGAUCACUCCAUUUACUCUGGCAAGUCUUUCAACUACUCCAAAUCUGUAAUUUCACCACCCAGUUACGUUCCGGACGAACACAUCACUGCUUAUCUGUCUAAUAUCCAAAGAGGCGGUCUUGUUCAGCCUUUUGGUUGUUUGAUUGCUGUUGAAGAACCUAGUUUUAGGAUACUUGGUGUUAGUGAGAACUCUGCUGAGUUCCUUGGUUUGUUGUCUCUUGCUUCGACCUCUCAUUCUUGUGGUGGUGAGUUUGAUAAAGUCAAGGGUUUGAUUGGAACCGAUGCAAGGACGCUUUUCACGCCUUCUUCUGGAGCUUCUUUGGCUAAAGCUUCUUCCUUUACUGAGAUUUCGCUGUUGAACCCUGUUUUGGUCCAUUCUAGGACGACCCAGAAGCCUUUUUAUGCUAUACUACACAGGAUUGAUGCCGGGAUUGUCAUGGAUUUGGAGCCUGCUAAAUCUGCUGACCCGGCUUUGACCCUUGCAGGUGCUGUUCAGUCUCAGAAGCUCGCCGUUAGGGCCAUUUCUAGGCUGCAGUCGCUUCCCGGAGGAGAUAUUGGUGCUUUGUGUGAUACUGUUGUGGAAGAUGUUCAGAGACUUACCGGUUAUGACCGUGUUAUGGUCUAUCAGUUUCAUGAAGAUGAUCAUGGUGAAGUUGUUUCUGAGAUUAGAAGAUCUGAUUUGGAGCCUUAUUUGGGUUUACAUUACCCUUCAACAGAUAUUCCUCAGGCCGCUCGGUUCUUGUUCAAACAGAACCGUGUCCGAAUGAUUUGUGAUUGCAAUGCUACUCCGGUUAAGGUUGUUCAGAGUGAGGAGCUCAAGAGACCACUUUGUUUAGUCAACUCUACUCUAAGAGCUCCUCAUGGGUGCCACACGCAAUAUAUGGCAAAUAUGGGAUCUAUAGCUUCUCUUGCUCUCGCAAUUGUGACAAAAGACAAAGAUACAAGCAAGCUUUGGGGAUUAGUUGUAGGCCAUCAUUGUUCUNUGUUCAGUCUCAGAAGCUCGCCGUUAGGGCCAUUUCUAGGCUGCAGUCGCUUCCCGGAGGAGAUAUUGGUGCUUUGUGUGAUACUGUUGUGGAAGAUGUUCAGANUUUGCUAG